CUCCCCCCGCCGCCGCUUCUCCCACCCGGGCGCCCAGCGGAGACGCCAAGAUGGCGGCCAGCAAUUACUACGGCUUCGCGGCCGGCGCCGGAGCCCCGUACAGCACCCAGCCUGCUCCAGCUUACUCCCAUCCCGUGACAGCAGCCAGCUACACAGUCCAGCAGAGCCCUGCGAUAGAGCACCCUGUGGCCCCUGCCUAUACUCCAGCUUUACAGGCGGCCAGGUCUAUGGCAUCUGCAGCAUAUGGGGGCUACCAGCCACCGUCAACGCAAGACUACGGUUAUGGGACGCGGCAACCAGAGCCAACCCCCCAGCCUACUGUCACCCAGAACUAUCAGGAUGGCUACAGUUACGGCCGAUCCCCAACAGCAGGCGGCUAUGAGACCAAACCAUAUUACCAGACGGUGGUCACGCAGCCCCAACACGUGGCCACGGACUCGUACUACCACUCGAACUCCCAGAGCAGCUACAGCCAGCCUCCGGCCGUGUACAGUCCAAGCCAGCCCCAGAGACAAGUGACCCCCGUUAAACCUGUCCAGACUGUGACUGCUUCCUCAUCCUAUAGCAGCUACCCAACCUCCACGACAUGCCAGCAGAACAUCUCUGCCUCCUCCAUCCAGUCGUACGCCCCUUCCUCUUCCUCCUACAACUCCUCUCCUGCAUCCUACUCUGGGUCAAACUACUCCAACUAUGACACCACUGCAUAUGCAGCAGCCAGCACUUCCUACUACCAGCCCCCCCAGCCGUCGCUCGUGCAGCAGCCGCAGCUGCAGCCCCUGCCGCCGCCGCCGCAGCCCCCGCCUCCCACGCAGCAGCAUCCAAAGUCCAUGGGGGGUUCACUGUGGAGCGACGGAGUCAGCAGCAACUCCACCAGCAGCUACAGCAAGAAGCCCCAGUACCCCAGCAAGCCCCUCAAGCCCAAAGGGCCCCCCAAACAGCCUCAGCUUCACUACUGUGAGAUCUGCAAGAUCAGCUGUGCAGGCCCCCAGACUUACCGGGAGCACCUAGAAGGACAAAAGCACAAAAAGAAGGAGGCGGCACUGAAAACAGGGAGCCAGGCGGGGGGCAGCGGCCCACGGGGGGUCCAGACCCAGCUGCACUGCGAGCUCUGUGAUGUUUCUUGCACCGGGGCAGAUGCUUACGUGGCCCAUAUCCGAGGAGCCAAGCACCAAAAGGUCCUCAAGCUGCACACCAAGUUGGGAAAGCCCAUCCCUUCCAUCGAGCCCAUGGUGCUCAGCGUCUCUGUGAGUCCUGCCAAUGGCUCUGCCAGCAAGCCACCUCUGCACCCCCCUGUCUCCACCACGGCCAACGUGCUGGCAAAGCAGGCUGUGGGCACAGCCAACAGCACACCCAGCGUGAGCAAGCCGCUUUCUGCAAAGAAGCCCCUGGGGCAGGCAAAGCUAUUGUUUCCAGGAGCAGGCAAAGUUCAAGUGACAAGCGCAAAGCAGGAAGGGGCAGAAGGGGUGCCCCCGAAAGCCGCAAGGCCAGCAGAUGAGUCCCCCCUCAGCAGCUCCGGAGACAGUCUGAGGGAUCUGCUGGACGUACAGCCUGUGGGUCACGAUUAUGUUGAAGAGGUUCACAAUGACAAAGGCAAGAUGGUCCGCUUCCACUGCAAGCUUUGUGAGUGCAGCUUCAAUGACCCCAACUCUAAAGACAUGCACUUGAAGGGUCGCCGGCACAGGCUGCAGUACAAGAAGAAAGUCAAUCCUGACCUGCCAGUCGAGAUCAAGCCAAGCAACCGAGCUCAGAAGUUGCACGAGGAGAAGCUGAAGAAGCAGCAGCUGCGGUCCCUGGGGAAGAGGCACCGAGAGGAAGAGCAGCGCUGGCACCUAGAGAUGAGGCGCUAUGAAGAAGAAAUGUACUGGCGCCGGGUGGAGGAGGAGCAGCUGUAUUGGGAGGAGCAGCGGCGGCGGCACCUGGCGGCAGACUGGCCCCCGCCACCCCUCAUGGGCAGGCCUGGAGUGCCAGUCCCCCCUCUCUUGCCCACCCGGCGACCGGACUCUUCUGACGACCGCCACAUCAUGACAAAGCACUCUAGCAUCUACCCGACAGAAGACGAGCUGCAGGCCAUUCAGAAAGUUGUCUCUCACUCUGAGCGUGCCCUUAGGCUUGUCUCUGAUUGGCUGACGGAGCAGGAAACAGAAAAAGAGGAAGGCAGUAAAGAGAAAGGGAAGGCAGAUGACCCUCCCCGGGUUCUGAAAGGGGUAAUGAGAGUUGGCGUCUUGGCAAAAGGGCUGCUUCUCCGCGGAGACAGGAAUGUUCGCCUGAUCCUGCUGUCGGCCCAGAAACCUACCCUGGCUCUUCUUCAGAGCAUCACGGAGCAGCUGCCCCAGCAGCUGGAGAAGGUGACGAGCGACAGUUACGAAGUGCUGUCCAACUCUGAGGAAGCCAAUAUUGUAAUUGCGUCAUGCAGAGAACCCCAAAUGCAGGUCACAGUUUCGUUGACGUCUCCCUUGGUGAGAGAAGAUGCCGCUACAGAUGCAGAAACAUCACCAGAACCUCAGCUCAACUCCUCAGAGACCUUGAACAAGGAUAAGUGCCUGGAGUCCCUGGCCGCUCUUCGCCAUGCAAAAUGGUUCCAGGCCCGAGCCAAUGGCCUGCAGUCGUGUGUGAUCAUCAUCAGGGUUUUGCGGGACCUCUGCCAGCGUGUGCCAACAUGGGGCGCUCUUCCAGAUUGGGCAAUGGAGCUGCUGGUGGAAAGAGCUCUGAGCAGCGCCACGGGCCCUUUGGGACCUGGGGAGGCCAUGCGGCGGGUCCUGGAGUGCCUUGCCACUGGGAUGCUCCUGGCAGAUGGCCCAGGGCUCCAAGACCCCUGUGAGAAAGAGCCAGUGGAUGCCUUGCAGAGCAUGGCCAGGCAGCAGCGAGAGGACGUCACGGCCAGCAGCCAGCAUGCCUUGAGGAUGCUGGCUUUCCGUCAGAUCCACAAAGUCCUUGGCAUGGAGCCUUUACCUCUGCUGAAAAACCGGCCCGGAACACACAACCGGAAGAGGCGACGGGACAUCGAGGAGGAGACUGAGGGCGAGGGGGACGGGAAGAAGGACAAGAAAGAAGGGGACGAGGGCGGGGCCUAA